AUGAAAUUUUCAGAAAAAUUCAAAAUUUUGAGUGAAAUUUCAAAUCAUUAUUUAGUGAGUGUCAAGGGAUUGAAUGUCAUUCAUGAAUGUUUAUUUCAUUAUGAGAAAUAUUUGAAAGAAUUCAAUGAUGAGAAGAAUAUGGAUCAAUCUCAAAUGAAAGAAUUCAAUGAUGAGAAGAAAUCUCAAAAAAGAAACAAACGUUUGACAUUUGGUUACACGUGUUUCGAUGAUGAUGAUGAAUGUGGUGAUGAAUAUGAUGAUGAACAUUCUAAUCGAUCAAAACAGAAUUCCAUGAAUUUCAACAUUUCUCAAGAAGAACAUUCCUUCAUUUAUUGUGCUCAAAUUAUUCCAUACUUUGCCUAUUGCCCACAAGUUCAUGAUUUACUUCGAAAAGAAGACGAUAAUUAUGCUAUUAGUCCUCUCUUUUUGAUUCGACUGAAGAGAAUUCCAUCAUCAUAUCUUCAUUUAUCACAACAACAAUCAUUACCACAGAAUGACAUUUUAUUACAACAUGACAUGGAGAAUUCAGAUUCCACUUUUCAUGCAACAUUGUCAGAUUCUUCCCUUCUUCAUAUUCAUCCCUUAGAAGAAAAAUUCAAAAUUUUGAGUGAAAUUUCAAAUCAUUAUUUAGUGAGUGUCAAGGGAUUGAAUGUCAUUCAUGAAUGUUUAUUUCAUUAUGAGAAAUAUUUGAAAGAAUUCAAUGAUGAGAAGAAUAUGGAUCAAUCUCAAAUGAAAGAAUUCAAUGAUGAGAAGAAAUCUCAAAAAAGAAACAAACGUUUGACAUUUGGUUACACGUGUUUCGAUGAUGAUGAUGAAUGUGGUGAUGAAUAUGAUGAUGAACAUUCUAAUCGAUCAAAACAGAAUUCCAUGAAUUUCAACAUUUCUCAAGAAGAACAUUCCUUCAUUUAUUGUGCUCAAAUUAUUCCAUACUUUGCCUAUUGCCCACAAGUUCAUGAUUUACUUCGAAAAGAAGACGAUAAUUAUGCUAUUAGUCCUCUCUUUUUGAUUCGACUGAAGAGAAUUCCAUCAUCAUAUCUUCAUUUAUCACAACAACAAUCAUUACCACAGAAUGACAUUUUAUUACAACAUGACAUGGAGAAUUCAGAUUCCACUUUUCAUGCAACAUUGUCAGAUUCUUCCCUUCUUCAUAUUCAUCCCUUAGAAGGUAAACACACUUGCAAUGAAGAUUUCAUUUAUUUGAAAUUUGAAUAUCCUCAUUAUUCAACAACGAUGGCAUUGUUAGAUUGUGAGAUUUUGAAAUGGCAACAAUCAAAGAGUUCAUUUGAAUUUUGGGAUUGCAUGUAUGAACAUUUGAGGAAUUCCUUUUUAUCCAAACAUGGAAAUUCAUCCAAAAUGUCAACAAAAAAGAAUAACAACACUUCCUUUACUCCAGUGGCUUCACGAUUUGAAAAUGCCCAACUCGUAUUAAGAACUCUUUCCUUUGAUCCAAAAUUCAAAAUUGCAGGAGAGACCUUUCAAACUUUUCAUGAAAAAGAUCGAACCUUCUUUUUCCAUUCGAAAUUUUUUGAACGAUUGAGUGGAAGAAGAAAUAAUCCAUAUUUGGUUCUAUUCGAUGAUGAAACAGACAAGAAAUGUAAACAAGUGAAAAGCUUUUUCCAUCUUCCUGAAUAUUUAUUAACCUUUCGAAUGAGUUAUAACUUGAAACAUGGACCAUAUUUCAUUUCUUCUAAAUUAGCUCAACAAGUAAUGCCUAAAAUUGGAAACUUCAACGAAGGAUCUACUCCUCCUUCUUUAUUUAGAAUUGUUUGUAAUAACAAGCUUGGUUAUUUAUUAACAAGCAAUGAUCAGGAGGGAAAAUACGGACAAUCAUUGUACAAUUAUUUAAAAGCACAAGUGAAGGAAUUAUUUCAAGACAACAAGAAGAAACAUGAUCCUCGAAGGAUGAGUGAAUUUGUAGAUUUAUUUUGGAAUGUUUUACCUUUUUUGAACCAUCAAGAAGAGAGUAAUCAGGUCAACCCUCUCAACAACGAGAGUGAGUUUCGCUUAAUUGUCAUUCCAGAGUACACUCAUCAGAAAUGUCAUGUUUCCAUACCUUUCAAUGAUGACUUGUUCAAUCAAGUGUGUGAAGUGUUUCAUCAAUCUCCGUGUGCCUUCUUUGUGGAUUCCAUGUUUUUAAAACUCAAUGAGAGAGGUUGGAUAUUUGAAAAGACAUUAUUCACUAACACUAACACUACAAAAUCCAGCACGGAUAGUUCUCAACAACAACAACAACAACAACACUCAGAGUUUGGAAAAGUGUACAAGACCAACUCCAAAAGUGCAUUGAAAGAAUUGUUUUGGUAUCAAGUAACACAAAUACAGUUGAAAGUGAGAGUGAAUCAAGAGUAA